AUGGGAAAUGCUGGUCUCGAUGUUGGCAUAAGUGGAUCAGAUGAAAAUGAGCUGUUCCUGUUGCCAUUCUUUGACGUGACCGUUGACAGAAUUGUGUACAUCCUAAAGCUCAUCAAUAUGGACAAGAUCAUGGGAGAUUUGAUCACUUACUUGCGAAGGGAUGCGUCCAAUGUUGCUGGAGGUGUUGAUCUCGAUGCAGUUUUGUAUGGUCGAUUACUGGAUCUUGCUCAUGUUGACAUUCCACUCGAUACUUUCCGCAGACAAGACAAAUCUGUUGUUGUGCGCAGUCUUGUAGCACCAGGAACACGAUGGACCCCUCAGGUUUGUAGAGGUUUUUUUUGCUUUAACUUGUUCGUGCCUAAAGGAAUUCCCCAAAAAGUUGUUGUGGAUUUCCAACUAUACGCAGUGUGCCGUCGCUUGCCUUUACACUCAAAAAGCUGGAUAGUAGGAUUACCAUAUGAUUUGUAGCC